CCCAACCGCAUCGUCACCGCCCGCCGGCCCGCGAAGGUACCGCCUUUUGAUCCCCUACCGGCCGACCCACGAAACCCACCGAGGGGCAGCAGCGGCGGCGGCACCUACCAGGGAGGGAGGAAGAGUGCAGCCGACGUUGGAAAGGGGGAGGUGGUGAAAUUUAUUUUCUUUCUAGAGGGUUGACUGGGGGGCCAGCCGCACCACGCCGCCAGACCAGCCCGCUCUGCAGGGCUGGCAGUGGGGAAAAACGGUUCGCGCCGCGAAAAGGCACGCGGCAUCAGUUGGGUUGGCAGGACGCAGCAGGCAACCGCCCCGCAGCAUCGGCGUGGCACAGUUCUCGUGGACGGCCGUGUUGCUUGAGUGCGAACCAGAGCUCGGGCGUUCGCUCAGACGUCGUCUUCGCGGUUUUCGAAAGCCGCAGAGGGUGGAGAGAGUGAAGGACCUCUGCGUGUGUGUAAGAAAAGGGAAAGGGGGUGCCUGGAAAGAUAGUGAUCACGAGCUGGAGGGGUGACGAGAAAAAACGAAAGAGAGGGGUUUGGGCAGUGAUGUGUUGUGCGGCAACGUCGUCGUGGCGGCAGCAGGGACGACAACGUCGGUACGACGGCAACAACCGGAUCGUCACCAGUGGAGCCGGCGACCGUGGCGGCCCGUUGUCCCCGCAUCAGGGGGUUGCUCCAGCACCGCGACGCCUACCGCAGCUGUUGUGAAUGUGUCCGUACCGCGAGAUCGCCGACCACGGACUACUACUACUACUACGCGAGACCAGCGAGAAGAGGUCGACGACGUCGGCUUGUCGACGUCUUCGCUGGUGUCCCCGCCACUCGACGACCGGUCGGUGUUGUGAUCCUCCCUCCCGGCUGCGCUUCGCAGCUAGAGGCCCACCGGGGGGUUGACUGGGAAGCUUUGAAAGACAAAACGACGUCUUCGGUUGUUUCCUGCUGAAGCGAGACAACUGAUCCUACGAGGUUCUCACAGAAUCGACGCAACAAGAAGCAGCAAGGACGCCAUCAUAUCUCGGAUCUGUGCAUGUCCAUGCAGUUCGGUCCAACGGCCGGCGUGGUCUCAUCGGCGAGCAUGCUCCCUUCGUUCGGCUUCACCCAGGAGCAAGUGGCCUGCGUGUGCGAGGUGCUGCAGCAGUCGGGCAACAUCGAGCGGCUGGGCCGCUUCCUGUGGUCGCUGCCCGCCUGCGAGCACCUGCAGAAGAACGAGAGCGUGCUGAAGGCCAAGGCCCUCGUGGCCUUCCACCGGGGCAACUUCAAGGAACUGUACCGAAUCCUGGAAUCCCAUCACUUCUCCGCUGCCUCGCACCCCAAGCUGCAGGCACUCUGGCUCAAGGCGCACUACAUCGAGGCCGAGCGGCUCCGGGGUCGGCCGCUGGGCGCAGUUGGGAAGUAUCGGAUUCGCAGGAAGUUCCCUCUGCCCCGCACCAUAUGGGACGGUGAGGAGACCAGCUACUGCUUCAAGGAGAAGUCGCGAAACAUCCUGCGCGAGUGGUACGCCCACAACCCGUACCCGUCGCCCAGGGAGAAGCGAGAGCUCGCCGAGGCCACGGGACUGACGACGACGCAAGUGAGCAACUGGUUCAAGAACCGCAGGCAGCGGGACAGGGCCGCCGAGGCGAAGGACAGGGACCCGAACGACAAACUGCCCACCAAGGGUUCGGGCAACAGCAACCACUCGAGCAAGUCGGGCUCGGACUCCGGAGGCUGCAUGAGUCCUCCGGAUAGCAGCACCCUGCUCAAGUCGGACCGGCAACACGGCGGCAGCAACAAGGCUUCCCCUCCCCCUCCUUCCUCCAUCCUCACUUCCGGCGGCAUGCCCCACCACCUUCACCUGGGUGGACUUCCAGGAAGCCCGGUGACGCCCACCACCGAACUGUCGCUGCACCAUCCGCACAGCAUGAACGGCCUGUUCGGCUCGGACCUCAAAAGCCCGUCCUCGACGGGAGCCCCGGUACUGGCACCCUCUGUGCACCCGACGUCUACCCUGACGGCAGCGGCCGCUGCAGCGGCGGCCGCGGCGGCUUCCGGGGGAGGCGACCCCAGUUCCGUACUUCCAGGAACCGGGGCGAGCGGGUUCCGGCUGGGACACCCGCUGGUGUCGGCCGCGGCGCUGAGUGACCUCAGCCUCGGCCUGACGCCCGACUACCAGGCCUUAUGACAAUCAGUCGCGGGGACCGCAGCCGGAGAGUCGGCGUGGUCCCCGCUCUGUCUACUGCCCCCCGAGCCGCACCUCAUGGCGGCGCAGUCCAGGGGAGCCGCAGCCGCAGCGGUGGCGGCCAGGACCGAGUCCAUGUUCUGCACGUAAACCAGGCCAGACCACCAUGCAGUUAUCUAUCGAGAACAGCAAGCUGCUCUUUGGGCACGAGAACGACCUACUCCAGGCCUCCUGGAUGAUGUGGAGGUCCAACCGCGAAAAGGACCACGCCCGAACCCCUGACCAUAGGCGCAUUGAGGACGACCACGCCAGCUACAUGCUGCGGGAAAGACUGCUCGUGGUGCACAACCCUGAAACCGCACGGGUGUGUCGCCCUUUGAGAGAGUGUUCGGGGUACACCCACAGCGCCCAGGACAGGAAGCACUUCCAACGAAAGUGACGGUGUGCGUUUCGGUGAAAGUGAAAGACACGACGCUACGUCCAAGUUCCAGUGGAGGUUGAACCGAUAUGCGCCGGACUCUGCUGCGCGAUAUUUAAUUUAGAAACGGGAACGACAGUUACAAGAUAUGUCGGAGAACUGUGGCGGAAACUACAAAGGCAAGUUAGAGAGUUAAGACAACGGCAAUUACAAUACCGGCAAGCAAGAACACCGGGGCCAGUACAUACUGCGUUUCCAACGCACACCGACGAACCUGUGUAACUCGCACAACGAACUGUUCCUGGCAUGACCUUUCCGGGGAACCAUCCUCCCAUCCUCUUAAAGGCUAGCAACGGAUAUUUGCUGAAGAAAAACGGAACGAAAUUCUCCCCGUCUGCGUUUGCCCACACGGCAACAAAUCUAGGUUCAUAUUUCCAGCUCCCCAAGUCCACUCUUGUGAACCAAAAUAAAAGAGUGGACAAGGAAGCUGAUAAGAAAGUAUACAAGCGAAGACGAAGUAUAGAACAGCCUUGUCAUCGCCUGUUAAGCGCAAGCAGGCCGCUACCACGGAAUCCUAGCCGGUGUAAAGCUUGUUUGCCACUACGGAUGCCUGCAAAUUAUAGUGACGCCAGCUUUGAAAACGUCGGAUGGACUGUCCAGCCACUCCCGAGCAUGCUAGUCGUUAAGUGUUGAGCUCGGAGGCUUACCGCGGUGAUUCGCCCACGUGACAUAACGUCAUGUAGUGUAAAUGGUUAUGGAUGAAACGUAUCCUUGUGCCCGAAUGACAAAACGGUGGUGUCGAAGGCAAAACAGUCGCCGGCUGCAGUGCUUGGAAGCGAUAAAGGUGUGGUAGCACUGCGUGUAUAUAGCAACACUACAGCAGCUCCGCAAGUGGCGUCGGGAAAUAUGCUGACACCUCUAGCAUGUUGCUGUCAUUGCCCUUGUGGUUAUUCCUUCCCCACCGAAUUCUUCGAGGAAUGUGUAGGCAAGGGACAUCUAGCAUUCGAUUCGACAUGUCUACAGCAUCAUGACGUCAGAAAUGGCAAGAGACGAAGAAAUCGCAAUCUGAAAGCGAACCAAUUCAAACAAAAACGUUCACUUCGCAAGCAGAAAACUUCGACGCCAUCCUAUGGUACCCCGAGGUACAAACAAACCAAUGGUGGUGCACAGUGGCGUGUGUUGUGUGGCACGAAAGAGGAGCGCGGAUUGGCGCGCUCCUCACAUCAAAGUCCAGAUGUCCGGACGUCGUCAACAAGGAUCAGGAUGUUUUCUUCUUCAAGCCUACCCGACGGCAUGACAAGAACAUGACCACGUGGAUAAUGAAAGUGUGUUACUGUAGAUCUGGACUACCACCAUGACGACGACAACCCCGAACUGUUUUCCCUAUAAUCGUUCCAAUAUAGACGUUGGACAUCCAGCGCAAUGUGUGUAUGUGCGCCUGUGCAGUGCUUGUGCGGGACAGAUGGAGAGACGACUUGGACUCUCGGCUCGUAUAAACUUUUUUUUUUGCACGAAAAUGUGGUUAUAUAUAUAAUGUGCGCACGCAGCAAGCUCCUCCCAUUUUGUUUUUGUGUAUAGAUUCUAGUCCUUCGCUCUCUCAGAUGAGCGUUCGUGUCACGUGCAAUGACAGCACGUCGUUUUUUCUUGCCGCUGUCCCAUCUUUCGAAAACUUCGCGCAAACAUGCGUCCCACUGAUCGCCUGCAGAUGCCUCUCACUGACAUCACGACAACGAUUCGCAUGUCGUGUACCCGUGAAAGCAAUUUCGCCGAUUGCUACUAAAGAAACAGAGAAUGAACAAACGUUACCAACUGUAACUCUUGACAGUUAAAGGUCUAGCUUAUUCAAGCUCACUAUGCGCCUAUUCAACGAAGGCUCCCUGGGUGCCGCCAUAAUCCUUUCUAGGCUGAGCACUGCCGAAGGAGGACCGUCACCUUUCGUCAGCCUUUGUACUCGCCUGCCACAGUCGAGAAAGGAGGCGCUCCCCCUCUGCGUAAAAAGGCAUGUCUUUGGAAAGGAGAGCACCUCCCCUCUGGACUGUGGCACGGCAGUACAAAUGCUGAUGCACGCUGACGUUGCUGCUUCUGCAGUGCAUUUUUGGGGAGGUUGUCAUGAGGGCCUCAAUCUAAAUCAUCCCACAUGAAAAUUACGGGAAGUUGAAACCAACCACGCUUUAAUGACGUGGUUGCCCCCUCCGCUCUUUCCACCAUUCCUUGCCCUUUCCCCUCCCACUAGUGUAGGGUAGCAGAUCAUAUGUUAUAAUUCUGGUUGACCUCCCUGCCUUUUCCUCAUUUAUAUCUCUCUCUCUUGCCACCCAUUUGCGCUAAAAAGUGGGAAGAUUUUGCCGUUCUUUUCACGGUGUCGUUGCGAUGUCACGUGCGAGGCAUCUGCACAGGCUUUCCAACAUUCGCGACAGUCUACACUCGACAGGGGGAAAAAUAAUAAUAAUGCGAGUUGUGACCCGAAGCAAUAGCCGCAGCUAUACUCGUCCAAGGCUCAGUAAAGCAGCACGUUCAGGCGCUGUCGGCAAGCGCACGAAGGAAUUGUAUUUUUUUUAUUGUUUCGUACGAUCACCGCAACGUCGAAGUAGUGCUGUCAGUGCUGAAACGUAUACCCUUUUUACCUCUAGUACUGAACCAUUUGGCAGGUAUCCACAUGCCACACUUCGUCACUUGACCAAGUCACCUUUACUGAUAGCUCAGGUCUCUCUACUGUCAAUUUUAAAGGAUGGGAUGCAACAGUGACAAAGCGAAGUGCAGUCGAACCUGAAUAGAACGAAGUCACGUUGAGGGUUUUAGAUUACUUCGUAACAUCCAAAAUUCGUUAUAACGGUAACCACACGAGUUAGUUGAGGAGAUCUGUACCAUAGAAAAGUUCGCACGAAGACUCUCGACGUAGAAUUACAAAUUUACAGAGCGCUACGCAAGUGCACACGGAAAGUGCAUUCAUAUAGCCCUACGUAUUCUUUCCGAUGGACUUGAGAUUGAGGAACGUGCAGUGGAAGACUAUAGACUGUUACAACCUAAUAAUAAAUACAAGCUCCGCCCCCAGAACUGCCGUGCACCUGCCAUUCAUCUGCACAAGAACCAGGUGGUUUCCAUCGUAACUAUAACUAAUUCUUCACUAUUAAUGUAAAUAAUGCGCAUACUUAAAAUUAAAAGUUCGUAGCCCCUACUUAAAAUAUUACGUUUGCCGAAGUAAUCAUGUCGGAAUCUUUGCUGAAAUUUGCCAGGAAGCUCAUGUUUACCGACCAAAAGCCAGCGACACGAAGAUGUGUAUGCAUGAGAAAAUCACCUACCUGAAACACGCUUGAUGUGCUUGACGUCACCGGAAUGAGUAAAAGCUAUUGGAUGGCGCUUUUACGCAAAUUUUUUUUUGAGUGCGAGAGUCACAGCUGUGGGCGGAGCUUCCAAUUAUUCUUAGGUUGGAACCGACUAUAAAAUGUUUGAUAUGCUAAUCACUGUUCAGCGAAAUCUAGUGAGGCUUUAUUGUUCCCUGACACAGUAUAUUGUGCAUACACCUAUCGCAGAUCUUUUCACGAUAUGCCAUUUGGAAUCUACAGAGUAGAAACAUUGGCGCUAAUGAUGAUUACCGUUACAUGAUGUGUGUCGGGCAGCUCGGAAAAACAAAAGUUAUCUGCUACAUAAUUUAUGUGGCCCUACAUUUUCGGUCGGCUUAUAAAGACUAGAAGUUAUUUAUGGCUCUAAAAACAAAAUUUUAUUUCCAGACCCAUUUACUGUUGCUAAUGGAUUGUAUCAAGGUUUUGUUACAUCACAGUUUGAAUGGAUAUUGAUGUGAAUUUGAAAGUUCAAUACAUUUUUUUCUGGAAUCCUGUGUACAGAAGCAACAAUAUCUGAUGUGGUUGUCGAAUGUGAUGGUUGUGGAAAUUUUCACGCUGACACUUUGGGACGCUUUUUUUUCUCCGACAAAUAGCGACGUGUGGAAGUGAUGAGACCACAAUAUUUUUCUGAUUGAUUUGCUGUUUCGGUUCUUGUUUUUGUUCACUGAAUUUUCUACUCACACAUGUUGUCAUUUCGAGUUUCCAGCCUUGUGAUAGCGAUGUGGAGUAUAAUACCAAGGGGUGAAGUUUUUUUAAUGUCUUGUUUUCUCUCGUGUUCACCUGAAUACUGCACGCACAAAUUUCCAAGUUCCGCGUGCGAGACGGAUAUAUAGGGUGUUGUUACGUUGCGCACUGGGAAACAAGUUUGCGUUCUUAUGAUCAAAAAUCGUAAAGAUGCUGUCCAUACAAUGAUACCUCCGUUGCCGUUAACGAGACCCCAUUCUAACAUAAAAACUACACUUAAAAGCGGCUUUAUUUCGAGGAACGUGACAUCUAAUAGUGGUCAGGUGACUUCUGCAUUGAAAUUGAAUACUUUACAUGCUUACCAUCGUUUGCAACAACCCUGACAUGAAUACAGAAAUGAGGCUACUAUAUUGCUGAACUUAAAUCGAUAGGGAAAGCUCCAUCAAACCAGUCUUUGGGAAGUGCGAGGCAGUGCAGGCAAACCUUAUUUGCUCUGAGUAAAGACUUUCGACAGAGAUAGAGUUAUUUCUCGUUUUUCUCAGCACAAUGGACGCUGUGCCUUCUCAUGUGUCCAGCUGAGAUAGAGCCACGUCCACAUCACAGUUUCCGGGAUACUGAAGGGCUUUAUUAUCGUUUUUAUUGAGUUUUUUUUCCUUAGAAAUCAAUUUAGCGUUAAAGAUUUCUGCGACCGAUGCCCUCGUAAAAAGAACACAGUCUGUGAAAUUAUAGUUGAAUGCACUGUGGUUGACCUCACUGUACCUAGAUGGCGCCACCAAUGCUGGUGCGCACGUCUGCGUAUUCGGCAUUCCGCCUGUUCCGUUAACAGUAACGCUCUUACAAACAUUCUAAAACUCUUGAGAGCCACGGCUUCUCGAAGCGAAAUAAGAUUCAGCGUAAGAUUACGUUCCUCGCGACACGUACAGUGAAAAAACUUUUCGGUACUUAUUCUCCCUCGUGCAGACAGUAGUAAACGC